AGUAUCGUUCCACUCCUCCAGCUCUUCCUCCGCCCGUUGAAUGAUUCCAAUGUACGCCGCCUCCGCUCUCCGCGCCAGAAUGGCCACCUCUUUCGUCGCCCGUCGUGGCUUUUCCACCACCCGUGCCCAGCUCGGCAGCCCCUACCACUACGCUGAGGGACCCCGUUCCAACCUUCCCUUCAACCCCCUCACCAAGUACUUCUUCUGGAGAUACUGGGCUUUCAUGAUCUGGCAGACCUACAAGACCCGCUAAGCGCCCUAUUGUGCUGUGUAAUCUGCACGCGCAACGGAAACUGGUGGGAUUUGGGGGAUCGGUCGAGUGUGUAUCUUAGAUCGGAUGUUUUCGGAAAUUUGUAUAAAGUUGAGAAAUUGAGCACGGUUUUGAUACAGAAUUAUAAUUCUGGGAUUAAUUACAUAA